GAUUAAAUUAUAAGUGAUGACUAGCAUAAAACAUGAUUUUAAGUUUACAACAUUCUUCUAGAUAUUAUAUAAUUUCCCCCAUUUUGAAAUUUUGUGUUAAAAUGUUUUGCUCCCAAAUUCUUUUCCAGUAAGCAAUUUAUCAGAAUCAACGGCUACAAAAGUUGAUGCCCACUGCUACACCAAAUUUACGAGCUAUGCACACUGCAAUCACUUACUCGCCGAGUUCUAAGUCUGACUCUAACUGUGAUUCUAAUGAAAAUAGUGAAAGAAUUGUCCAUCCUCAAGGAAUGAAGCAUAAAAUACCACAUCGUUUCUGUGAGGUUGUGUGCAUGAGAAAUUCUAAAUGUUGCAUUUGCUUGGACUCUAUGUAUUUAGGAAGAUCAAUUGUUAAAUGUCAAGAAUGUCUGUUAGAAUGUCAUCCAAAAUGUGCUUCAUCAUCGCCAAAAACCUGAGGAUUACCGACAGGUUUCAUGCAGCAUUUCAAAACUGCUGUAAGCAAUUUUCCGUCAGUCGAUAAAGUUGAAACAAUUCCAAACAUAUCAGAAGGAUGGAUAAAAGUGCCAAAAAUUAACAAACAUGGCUGGGAUGGAAGAUAUAUGCGCUUUGAAGAUAGUGUUCUUUACAUAUUUGAAACUGCAGAGGAGAAGGACCCUGAUGAAGCUUUACUGGAAAUAGACUUUUUAUCAGAUAAAUCAUCAAUCACAGUAUCAAGUUCGGUUUCUGCUACUGAACUUCCUUAUGCAGCCAAUUCAGAUUUACCAUUUGUUCUGAAAGUUGAAUCAUUUCCCCACACUAUAUGCUUGCCUAAAAGGUAAUUUUCAGGUGUUUUCACUUGUUGGAAUUUUAAAUUCUGAAAGUUUUAUAAAAGUUAACAUAAAUAAAAUCUUACUUUAUCAUUA